CUCCAGCUCGCGCAGCUCCUGCUCACCAUCAAACAGAAGGCAGAGGGGGAAAAGGAGCGAGCCUCCACUAGCACGAUUUCGUGAUGCGCAACGCGUGCGUAAAACCAGACAGAGCCGACCCACACACCAGCCAAAAUGACACUUCACGGCUGCCUGUUUUACCUCUGAACAAACAUGCAUGCUGAACGACGUGCUUUCCUUUAUACUGACGUGAUAUAAUACCUUAAGAAGACGUAGAAGAUGGAGAAUAUAUCUAUCUCGAACACCGGCAGCGGAGCUCCGGUUGUGUGUAACGAAUCCAUGGACUACUAUUAUCUGAGCGCGACUAACCGGACAGAUCUGAACUGCACGCCCCAAUCAGAGUUAUACUUUUACGCUGACCUCUACGUGGUCCUGCCGGUGAUAUAUUCGGUCAUAUGCGCCGUGGGGUUAACGGGGAACACGGCCGUUAUCUACGUCAUCCUCAAAGCGCCCAAAAUGAAAACCGUGACCAAUAUGUUUAUCCUAAACUUGGCGAUAGCCGACGACCUGUUUACCCUGGUCCUACCGAUCAACAUAGCAGAGCACCUGCUUCACUACUGGCCCUUUGGAGAGGUGCUGUGUAAGAUCAUCCUGAGCAUAGAUCACUACAACAUCUUCUCCAGUAUCUAUUUUCUAACGGUCAUGAGUGUGGACCGUUACUUGGUCGUCCUGGCGACGGUGCGUUCCAAGCGUAUGCCCUACCGCACCUACCGCGCGGCGAAGAUAGUGAGCCUUUGCGUCUGGAUCCUCGUGAUUCUCAUCGUCAUGCCGUUCACGGUGUUCGCCGGGGUGUACAUCAGUCCCGACGACUCGGACAGGAAAAGCUGCGUCCUCAGCUUCCCGAGCCCGGAGAGUUUGUGGUUCAAGGCGAGCCGGAUAUACACCCUGAUCCUCGGCUUCGCCAUCCCCGUGUCGACCAUAUGCAUUCUCUACACCAUGAUGCUGUACAAACUACGGAACAUGCGCCUCAACUCCAACGCCAAGGCUCUGGACAAGGCUAAAAAGAAAGUGACUAUUAUGGUGUUUAUAGUCCUAGCGGUGUGUCUGUUCUGUUGGACCCCGUUUCACCUCAGCACCAUAGUGGCUCUCACCACCGACCUGAGGACCACUCCGCUGCUCAUCGGGUUAUCCUACUUCAUCACCAGCCUCAGCUACGCCAACUCUUGUCUGAAUCCUUUUCUUUACGCCUUCCUGGAUGACAGCUUCAGGAAAGCGUUCAAGAAGAUGCUAGAAUGUAGACCGGCGGGAAUGUAGUAGCCUACAGUAACCUAGGGCCUAGUGGAUAAAGGUAAAAAAAAAACAGUAUGUUAAUAUUGAUAUCAAUCAAAACAAAGUAUGAUUAAAUUAUUUAUUUCUGCUUGAAUAUGCGUUAGGGGGCUUCUGCAUUGUUGCUAUGGUAUGACUUAAAUAUUUAACAUAGAAUAUAUCAUAUGGAACAAAUCAUUUAGAUUGUGGCACGCCUGCCCUACUCUUGAAUUGGGGUGGGGGUUAUUAUGACAUUUCUUCUCCUUAAGUCACUUUAUUUUUCAUGGACAUUUAUCUCCCUCUUCUGUCCUAAGAGGGCAGGUAGCCUACACUGUAAUGAAGAUAAGGGACUUCAAAAUAAGGGCCUUAAAAUAGAAGGGGGAAGUCCUCUACAGUGACCACACACCGACUCAAGACAGUGAUGUAGCCUCUAAACUUUGCUGUAAAUACUUGUUCUUCAAAGGUCUAUGUCAUUGUCAACUAUAGUCAGUGGUGUCAAAUGAUGCAUAGUCACAAUGUAUCCAGGCUAAUCUACAUGAACUAAAUAUGAUACGUCAUUGUACAUUUCCUCAGUCUGUCUACGUUCUGGAGAAUAUGUGUCAUAUCAACACAAAUGAUGACUUGAAUUGUGAAGCUUGGUAAUGUGUUGUUAUGGAGAAUAA